GUACUACUCGCGUCGGUCGGCGCGACGCGACCUCAGCAGCACAGGCGGCCUAAGCGCCACACCGAUUCGGCGACGCUCCGCAGUGAGUCGUCGGCAGUUGGCAGUGGCGCAGCUAGUCGUCGGCAAAAACCGAGAGCCGCAGAGCGCACAGUAGUGGGCACGUGCCGCCGCUGCUAUUGUUUCUCCCCGAUUACGCCGCGCGACGAAUCGAAAACAAAAAAAAAAAAAAAACAGAAAUACGCGCACUCUCCGCAAACAACACGCUAUAAACAUGGAGCCUUGUCGUUGUUGUUGUCGCUGCUCGUCGUCCUACUGCCGGUCGUCGCGUUUCUGAGCGAGGGGAGGGCCCAAGAGCUCUCUUCGCUCGAUUGGAACAUCAUCUCCGCGGCGCGCGACAUUGCUUCUCGUGAGCACCUCGUUACGUAUACAAACAUACACACACACGAUUGCGCCCCAGCGUGUAGCUGCUAGAGCUAGCUAGCUGCACCGAAACGGGGGAAAAAAGAAAAGUCAAGGCUGCUGCAUACAAGCACUGCUGCAACGAGAGCGUAUACCGAUGAAUAGGAAAUUCAACGCCGAGUGAAUCGUAAUCGAGUUUUUGUGCGUGUCUCGUUUGUGCAUACACAUCCAAAAAAAGUGCGUCGGUGGCUCGGGUGCGGUAUUCCAAGUAUAUCCAUCCAGCUUCUAAUCGCCGACCAUCCUCGUUACGUUAUUUCCUUGUGUGCCAAUAAAAAAGCGCAUAAAGUGAGGUUAAUUCGCGACUCGUUCUCGACUGCUCGAUGCAUAAUAAUUCGAGUCGAGUGCACACGUUAGGAUCUCAGUGCAGUGAUACAUCUUGAAUAUCCGUCGUGCUGCAGGAAUCAGCAAAGCUGUCAACACGAUCCACCCCCUUGUACAGAAGAAGAAAAAGAACAAAUAUUUCAAGCGAGAAAGUUAUGCACCACGCAUCACAGCCAAUCCGUCCAGUCUCAUAGAGCGCACAAGAGAAUCACUCACACACAUAUUGUUGUUUAUUCUUUCAUCGAAGAGAAAUAAAUAAACUCAUGCCUGCGUACUACUGCCGGAGCGCCAUUGCCGUCGUCUUGUGUAGCUGCAAAAGCUCCCGUUACAAAAGUGUCGAUAAUAAACAAAAAAACCAGUGAACUUGUAUAUUGUUAUAUAAAUUAUAAUUAUUGUUUAAAAUAAAACGCGAGUGAUCGAAAAAAAAAUCAUAGUCAAGAUGCGAGUGUUACCGACCCGGCAAAAUCGUCGCCUGCGACGCCUCUACCUGGACGCGCUCAACGGCGGCGUCGGCGACAGCAACAAGCGGCGGCACCGAUCAGUAGUCUCCAGCACCGAGAACUUGCUGGCGACCAUCAUGCCGCUGAGGACCAAUCCUCCUCCCGCACGGACGACGGCGUCCAGCGAGACGGCGACUUCGGAGCCACCGCCGUCGCCACCGCCGUCCCCGGCACCGGCGCCCCUGACACCGGCGCUACCCGACCCGGACGUCAAAGAGGACGACGAUAAUGCCUCGACGACCUCGUCGACGACGGAUACGCUGAUGAGCGGUCCCACGGGCUCGCAGGAGUUCCCGAACUUCGGUCAGAAAACGUGCCAGAGCGUCUGCGGCGGCAGCACGAGCGACUUGAGCGCGGAGAGCAACAAAGGGCCGAAAAUGCUCGGCGAGCGUUACCUGCUGCUCGGCAUGACCGAGGGUAGCAGCCUUUACAGAUGCCUGGACAUCAAGACCAACAGGAAUUUAGUUGCCAAGCUGCUGACGAAGGGCGACAAAGGCGCGGACUCGCUGCUGCAGGCGCACACGAGGCUGCAGGACAGCGGCGCGGUGUCGCCCCUGGCGGGCCUCGUCGACGGCGACGAUCACCAGCGCUACCUGCUGCUCGAGGGCCACUACGGCGAUCUGCACGCCUACGUGCGCUCGCGGAGACGGCUGCGCGAGGUCGAGGCCAGGCAGCUGUUCCAGCAGGCCACCGAGGCCGUGAUGAGGUGCCACGAGGAGGGCGUCGUGCUCAGGGACCUCAAGCUCCGGAAAUUCGUCUUUGCCGACGAAGCGAGAACCCAGUUGCGGCUCGAGUCCUUGGAGGACGCCGUGCUCGUCGACGUGGACGACGACCGUCUGACGGAUCGCCGGGGCUGUCCGGCCUACGUCGCGCCCGAGGUGCUGCGCUCGGGCCAGGCCUACUCGGGCAAGGCCGCCGACAUCUGGUCGCUGGGCGUGCUGCUCUACACGAUGCUCGCCGGCAAGUAUCCGUUCAACGACACCGAGCACGCCUCGCUCUUCUACAAGAUCACCCGGGGCCAGUUCGCCGUGCCGGAGCUGCUGGGCUCGCGGGCCAAGUGCCUGAUCAGGUCGCUGCUGCGCAAGGAGCCCGCCGAGAGGCCCGAGGCCGAGGACGUGCUGCGCCAUCCGUGGCUCAGCAGGCCCCUGAAGAAGUACUGCAUCAACUGCACGAGCCUGGCCGUCAUGGGCGGCGGCGGCGGCAACGCGUUCGACGGACACAAGAAUCACAAGACCAAUAUGGUGGAUCAGAUAGUGCCUGAUUUCGCUCUCAACGAAGACUGAACAAAAAAAAACAAAAAAAAAAAAUUACGUUGUUGUUGUUUCCUACAGCUCUUACUGCUGCUUUAUAUAUAUAAUAUACCGUUUCUGCUACCGAAGCUUCCUUUUCGUUGUAUCAUAAUGAAAGAUGAAAAAAAAAAUCGAAUGCACCCACGCAUAAACUAUUCUUAUUUAAGUAGGCUUUUACUCGAGCGCAUCAAUUGAUAAUUCAUUAUGUAUGCAUGUAUGAAUGUAUGUAUGUAUGUAAGCAAGUAUGUAUGUAAUACGCGCAUCUGUCGGUCUGUAAAAAGCGUGAUUGCGUAUAGUGAUUUCAAAUUAUAAAAUCAUUUAUGAUUUUUAAUUGUAGUUCAGGUUUAUUUUUCGUUUUCUGCCAAGUCGCGGUACGACGUUGAACGCGAAAGAGCGGAAAAAUGCGCAUUUGGUGUAAAAAAUAUGUGUAAUUACAUACUGGUAAUUUUUGUGAUUUAUCGUCGUUUCGAUAUGUGCCAUUGCGUAUUUUACCGCGUGAUUUAAUUUUUAAAAUCAAAUUGUGAACGCAAUGUAUUUUUUUUUCUUUUCGUUCAUUUAUAGGCUUAAGCUCUCGGAUAUAUAAUAGUGAUAUGGCUAAGCGACGUUAUAUAGAAUAUUGACAUAGAUUCAGCUGUUAAUUCAUUUCAUAAUAUUUUCCAUUUAAGUUAUUGCUAGUUAGGUACUUUUGGUUUUUUCUAAUGAACGUCAAUUUUCGUUCCAUAAAGAUUAGGAAAUUAAUUGAAAAUUCAAAAUGCAUUUAGGAAGAAUUUUUAAAUAAGUGGCUUAACUCAGAUAAAAUUUCAAAUUUCAUCCAUACUCUUGGUAAAGAGACCAAUACCGCACCAUUAAUAAAGUUUUGUACAACCUACGAAUAGUUAAUGAGCUGUACAUAACAAGUUUAUUUUUGUUGAUAAAUUAAAAAAAAAAAAAGUAAUUUGAUGG